CUCUCUCUGUGUAUAUCGACGUCGUCUCCAUUUUCGACAACUUUGACUUAGACCUCGAUCGCAAAUCUCACACAUUCUCUAGAUCGAGUAUAUACCUAGCUUCUUGCUCUUCGUAGAUUGAUAGAACGUCCACUUGACGAGCCACCAAACAAGAUGUCCACCUCAACCAUCACCGCAGAAGCCAAAAAGGCCGGCGAAAAGCUGGCGGGGAAAGUCAUGCCCCUUACGCCGACGUUCGGGGUCAAGGAUUACUCGACCUUCUUCCUGGCAGGAGCAUUAUGUUGCACCAUAACGCACGGAGCUAUGACCCCGAUCGACGUCGUCAAGACCCGUAUCCAAAUCGACCCCAAAUUCAGCCGAACCUCCAUGCUAUCCACCGGCCGCCAAAUCAUCGCCUCCGAAGGCCCUCGCGGGUUGUUGACCGGGUUCGGGCCGACGGCGGUCGGAUACCUCGUCCAGGGAGGAGCCAAGUUUGCCGGGUACGAGUUUUGGAAGAAACAGUUGGUCGAGGUUGUCGGCAGUCAGGAGGGGGCGGUGGAGCAUCGGACGGCUAUUUAUCUCGUUGGGGCGAGUGUAGCCGAGUUCUUUGCGGACAUCUUGUUGGCACCCCUGGAAGCCACUCGGAUCAGGCUCGUCUCGGAUCCCAAGUACGCCACGGGCCUCGCCACCGGAUUCGCCAAGCUCAGCGCCGAAGAAGGGUUUGCGGGACUGUACGCCGGAUUCUUGCCGUUGAUCUGUAAACAGAUUCCUUAUGCCAUCGGGCAGUUCACGGUCAACGAGUUUUGCCACGAACUCGCCCUCAAGGGAAUGGACGAGCACGAAAAGGCCAAUCUGGGAGGGAUGAAGAAGCUGGGUAUCGAUCUGGGAAGUGGUAUUACGGCCGGUGCGGCUGCUGCCAUCUUGUCUCACCCGGCCGACUCGAUGCUCUCGGCCGUCAACAAGGGAGCUGGACCUAAAGGACCGAUGUACAAACGGCUCAUCCAAGUCGGCGGGGAACUUGGGUUCAGCGGACUCUGGGCGGGUCUCGGACCCAGGAUCGUCAUGACGGCCGGUCUGGUCACGGGUCAGUUCUUGAUCUACGGAUGGAUCAAGGAGGCUUUGAACGCUCCUCCAGGCGUCGAGAUUCACAAGGAGGAAAAGUAGGUUGGGCGUGGGGCUUGUAUGAUCGCUCGACUGUGCCGUAUUAGAUGAGUCGGAUCUGUAUAGAUUGAAUGGUCCCAAUACGAUCUCGUACAUUGGGCGAAUCGGCGUGCUCAAGAUUGUCGCCACCCGAGCAGUG